GUGCCGGGCCGGGCAGCCCACGCGAAGCUCCCAGGUGUUGAUCCUCCUCAUCCCAGCUUUUACUCUGGCCGGAGGGAAGCCCGUGCGGGGCGAAGGCUCUGGGGUGUGAUGUCUCCCGUGCGCGGGGAUGCAUCUGCCCCAGCCUGGUUGCACAGCCCCCCUCCCCGAGCACCCCCGGCUGCCGGUUCCUGGGGGUGCAAAGGGACCGGUGCUGCUGUCCCUGAGCGUUGUCCUUGAAGAGCGGGGCAGCCGAGCCACGCCACGCAGGAUCACACCGCCUCCCUUCAGAUCCACCGCGUCCCUCGGCACAAGCGGUAAAAAUAAACCUUGCCCGGCCGCCUUUGCGAGCCGCCGGGGCCUGGCUGGCACCCAAGCUGCAUCCGCAAAACGACGCAGACUUGGAUCAUGAAUAUAAGUGAAGACUUUGACGUCAGAGUUGAGAUUUAUCAGCAGAUCCAAUGGGGCAGGAAUAUUAAGUGCAAGUCGAUGCCAGCUAUCUGCCAACGUUAUUAGCAAUGCUCACCGAGGAAUGAGGCUUAACACCAAGGACUGGAAGGACUGGGAAGGAAAAAAAUAAAAACGGGGGGAAGCAAGCUGAUCCUCAAGCAUUAAAGCCAGCGAUGCUGCACGGCCCCGCCGCCAUGGGGGAACCGUGGCAGCCGCAGCCGCAGCAGCAGCGGCUCCCGGGGCUCGGCAACGCCUCGGAGCCCAGCGCCUGGCCGUCGGCGGCGGCGGGCGGGCCGGGGACGGCGGCGCCGGGCGGCGAGGGCGGCGGCGGCGGCGGCGGCGGCGGAGCCGGCGGCGGGGGUCGGGGCCGGGGCCGGGGCCGGGGCCGGGGCCGGGGGGGGGCCGUGAGCCCCUGGGACAUCGCGCUGUGCGCCACGGGGACGGCGGUGGCGGGGGAGAACGCGCUGGUGCUGGCCGUGCUCUUCUACACGCCGAGCCUGCGGGCCCCCAUGUUCCUGCUGAUCGGCAGCCUGGCCCUGGCCGAUCUGCUGGCCGGGCUGGGGCUGGUGGCCAACUUCGCCGUCCGGUACCUGCUGCGGCCGCCCAGCGAGGCGGCGGAGCUGGGGGCGGCGGGGCUGCUGCUGGCCGCCUUCUCCGCCUCCGUCUGCAGCCUGCUGGCCAUCACGGUGGACCGCUACCUGUCGCUGUACAACGCCCUCACCUACCACAGCGAGCGCACGCUGGGCUUCACCUGCGCCAUGGUGCUGCUGAUGUGGGUGCUGUGCCUCGGCGUGGGGCUCCUGCCCCUCCUGGGCUGGAACUGCCUGCGGGACCAGAGCGCCUGCAGCAUCCUGCGGCCCGUCACCAAGGACAACGCGGCGGUGCUGGCCGUCACCUUCCUGCUCCUCUUCGCCCUCAUGAUGCAGCUCUACCUGCAGAUCUGCAAGAUCGCCUUCCGGCACGCUCAGCAGAUCGCCGUGCAGCACCAGUUCAUCGCCACGGCGCAGGCCACCUCCACCCGCAAAGGGCUCUCCACCCUCUCGCUCAUCCUCGGCACCUUCGCCCUGUGCUGGAUCCCCUUCGCCAUCUACUCCCUGGUGGCCGAUUCCAGCUACCCCGUGGUCUACACCUACUCCCUGGCGCUGCCCGCCACCUGCAACUCCCUCAUCAACCCCAUCAUUUACGCCUUCAGAAACCCAGACAUCCAGAAGUCGCUCUGGCUGGCCUGCUGCGGGUGCGUCCCUUCCACCUUCUCCUCCAGACCAAGGACAUCCAGCGACGUGUGAGGACUGAGCGCGGAGCCGGACGCGCUCCCUUGCUCUCCUCCUUUUCCCCUCUGUCGUUAUCGUUUCCUACCGGGGGGAACCCCGCUGCCCCCCUGCCCCCCCCGGCCAGCACAUCUCCUUCCAUGAAAAGGUGGCCAAAAAAGAGAAAAAAGGGAAAGGGAAAAAGAAGGGGGAAAGAAAGAGAGAGAGAGAGAGUAGGAUGAGAAUGGUUUCCUUUAGAAAUGUUAUUUUCUUACACAUUUUAUUUUUUAUUUAAAAACACAAAACACCAAAAAAAAAAAAGAAAAAAAAAAAAAAAAAGAUCUCCGUACGAUGGCGUUUGUCUCCUCUCGGGGUAAGGAGCCAGGGAAGCAGCGGGCUUGCCAGCCCUGGCCGGGUGGCUUCCACCCCCCCCCCCCCGGGGGCAAGUCCCACAUGGUGGGGGGGUCGGGGGGGUCGGGUCCCCUCACGGCGGGGCUGGUCCCCACGCGUGGGGUUGUUGUGCGGGGCGCCCAUCCCCCUAAAAUCAGGUC